ACUUUGACUUUUGAGCACUAAUUUGGUAGAGUGUGUUCUUGUUUUGCGUGUGUUUGGUUUGUGGGUACACAUGGUUUUGCCAAAGUUUGUGCCUUUAUGAUAGAUAGAUAUUUGUAUUACAUACAACUAAAGGGUUGUGAUUUGUUUUUCUGUCUCUGUGUUCUUGUGAUUGGAAUUCAGUUCUUUGUUUUACCAGGGUUUUUAGAGUUUUAUAUUUUGUUGAGAAGCAGGGGAAUAUGAUGAUGUGAUGGUGGGAGUGUUGCAUGGGAAGUAGAAUCAGAGUUGGUGUUGAAGAUGAGAAGGGAGCAGAAAGAGGGAUGCCGAGCUUCAAUUCCGACGAUGCAUGCUAUACAGAUGGGAACACAAUUGAUAAUUUUCAUGUUUCUGACUUUGGAGCAUUUGGUCAACCAUAUCGCUUAGAGGAUGCUGUUGCUCUGAGUGGAAAUUCAAACUCGGUUUUUAACUCACUUAAAGUAAGUGGCCAAACAAUUUCUCCUGCCCCUGUUCACACCAGUUCUCUUGAUAAGUUGCCAACAUCACGUGAUAAAAGCCCAUUGACGAACCAAACAGAGCCACAUAGGUUGCAAUUAACAAAGCUUCAAUCAUCAAAUCCAGGUAGCGGUGCCAUAUUAAGUGUUCAUACAGAAAACCAGGAAGAGUUUGCCAUGGCCGAUGCCAGUCCUCGGACUGAUAUUUCGACGGAUGGUGACACCGAUGACAAGAAUCAGCGGUUUGAUAGAAAUCAAUCCCUUGCUGUUGCGGGUUCCGACUCCAGUGACAGAUCAAAGGAUAAAUCAGAUCAGAAGACUCUCCGCAGGCUCGCUCAGAAUCGUGAGGCGGCAAGGAAAAGCCGGUUGAGAAAGAAAGCCUAUGUCCAACAAUUGGAAAGUAGUCGUUUGAAGCUGACCCAACUAGAGCAAGAGCUUCAGCGAGCCAGGCAACAGGGAGUCUUCAUAUCAAGCUCGGGUGAACAAACACAUUCACUGAGUGGAAAUGGAGCAAUGCAAUUCGAUGCAGAAUAUGCAAGGUGGCUGGAAGAGCAGAAUCGACAAAUUAAUGAGCUGAGAGCAGCUGUAAAUUCUCAUGCAAGUGAUACCGAACUUCGCAUGAUUGUUGAUGGUAUAGUGGCACAUUACGAUGAGAUUUUUAGGCUGAAAGGCGUUGCAGCUAAGGCUGAUGUUUUCCAUUUAUUGUCUGGCAUGUGGAAAACACCUGCUGAAAGGUGUUUCUUAUGGCUUGGUGGUUUUCGGUCGUCUGAACUUCUCAAGCUUCUGGUAAAUCAACUGGAACCUCUCACUGAGCAGCAGUUGAUGGGUAUUACCAACUUGCAACAAUCCUCCCAACAAGCAGAAGAUGCAUUGUCUCAGGGUAUGGAAGCAUUACAACAGUCCCUUGCAGAGACGUUGUCCACUGGUGCACCUUCCUCGUCUGGUUCCUCAGGGAAUGUGGCAAAUUACAUGGGUCAAAUGGCUAUGGCCAUGGGUAAACUUGGAACACUCGAGGGCUUCAUUCGACAGGCUGACAAUCUGCGCCAGCAGACACUACAACAAAUGCACCGGAUAUUGACAACACGACAAUCGGCUCGUGCACUCCUUGCCAUCCAUGAUUACUUUUCGCGGCUGCGCGCUCUCAGCUCUCUCUGGUUGGCUCGUCCAAGAGAUUAAUGAUUGUAGUGAAUAGUCUGUCAAAUUAAUUAAUUAUCUCAUAUCAACCACCAUCAAUACUUUGGUCAUGAUAAGUUUUGCUCUUAGCAAGUGUUCUUGGUGUUGUACUUGUAGUCUUUGUAAGGCUGAUACUAGUGUUUCCUAGAGUUCACAUAGUCUAGGAAUGGGAUUGGAAACAACAAGCAUUUAUGUUAUCUUUGUUACUAAUAAUAUUGUCCAUUGUAAUUGUCAUGGAAUGGCUUUGAUUGUUCGAACAAAGGUAGUUUGGGUUAUACUUAGCGGAAAAACUUUCCCGCCUCUCAAUAUAAGUUCAAACUUUUA